UCGAGGGUUGCGGCCACAUCGACGCGGACGCUGCAACAGCGCUGCGCAAUUGUGUUGCGCAGAGAUUCACUGGCGACGUGAGAUCAGACCGAGAGGGAGAACUCUCCCUCAGAGUCCGACCAAUAAGGUGCAUAUUGCAGUUUUGCCCUGUGCACAUGCCAGAUGUCGUCAUUGGGAGAACACCAACGCACUGCCCUGACAAAAAAUGGACAAGCACAAGCUGUAUUACUUCUUUGAAUCAGGAUGUCAAUGGAAAGGUAAGCUGACCUCCACCUGCAAGUGAUCCAGCUUCAUAAAUACCUUGCUUCUCAUGAAUAAUUAAGCAAGCUUGCCAGCUGAAGUGAGCAUGUGCAUUAAGAUAGGCUGCAGGCAGGUCAAGCAGUCACUGUACAUGGGGCAGCAGAGCCAAGAUGGAUAUCUCUGUUCUGCCCAACAACAAUCACCCUGAAAAGUUCCUCCAACUGGAUGUUGGGAUGUUGGAUGCUACUCAUCGUAUGUUCCAGGUUGGAACAUAUGUUUCCAGUCAGAGACGAUGGCAGAACAAGGUCUAUUUGCAGAGGGAACAAACAGCACGACCUGAAAGAAAGACUCCUCCAUUACCAGAGGGGAGUCCUGUGGUGUUUGUGGACCAAUAUCUGGAGAAGCACAUAACGUCAGGAACUCUGAAGCCUAACAUCAAAAGGAAUCCUCUUUACGUGGAUAUAAAAUCCAUCGAUAUAAUGGACAAUGAGAAGUUUAAGCCUUCCUGGACCAUCAAAGAGUAUGACACACAAACCAUCCAUGGCAACUUGACAGAGUAUGUGAAGAACACAAAAACUCCAAGGGAUCUGGACUUUUGGCUUGAAGACCUUUACACUCCAGGAUUUGACUCUCUGCUCAAGAGAGAAGAAGCAGAGCAGAGGAGAAAAAGACUUUCCAAAAUUGUUUCCUCAAUUGUUUUGCUUGUUUGUGCUUGUCUCAUUGCUAUAAUUGUUCCUAUUGUGGUUUUCCAAAGGAACUGAUUUGGGUGUUGUCAUUGUGCUCUACAUUACAUCAUCUCUAAAGAAAACAGGCAAAAUACUGGCUGCUCAGCAAUAUGAGACUGUAAUACUGUAUGCCUGUGGUAUCUAAACUUUCUUCCAAAAAUAGUCGAGAGCCACAAAACUUCACUUAUUUGAUUCUACUCGCUAUGAAAUUCCGAUGAAAAUAAAACACGUGGCUAAUA